AUGUCCUCCUGCAGUUGGAUCCAGGGGAAGCUGUCAGACUACAACACUAUCAUAUCUGACCCGCAGACGAUCUGCUACAUCGCUGAAUUCAUGCAUCAAACAGGCCUACUCAGCCAGUUCCGUGAGGCGGAUCUACGCGAGCCCGCGAAGCCAGACUAG